AUGGAGUAUUUAACUAGAGACCUCAAGAGAAUUAAUGUUGAUUUUAAGUUCCAUCAGGGCUGCAAAGAGCUUAAAAUCAAUAAUUUGAUGUUUGCUGAUGACCUCCUUCUCUUUUUCCAUGGUGAUGAAAAGUCUUUGAAUUUUUUGAUUGAUAAACUCAAUGAGUUCAAAGAAAUUUCAGGGCUUCAAGUUAAUGCUUUAAAAAGCCAGAUUUUCUUCUGUAAUGUUGAAGAGAUUAUUAAGAGCAGAAUUAUUGGCAAGUUGGGUUUGAAAGAAGGAGAGCUUCCCCUAAGGUACCUGGGGAUCCCCCUCAUCUCCUCUAAGCUAUACAAAGAUGAUUGCAGGGGAAUUAUCAUGAAGAUCACAAGCAGAAUUCAUGCUUGGACUAGCAAGCUCCUCUCCUAUGCAGGCAGAAUCCAACUCAUUCAGUCAGUACGAAUGAGUAUGCAUGUGUUUUGGGCAUCAGUUAUGAUCCUCCCCAAGCAAGUUACUAAGGAGAUUCAAAGCAUCUGUUCUAAGUUUCUUUGGACAAGCAAUAUAGAAGGGAAGAAUAAAGCUUUUGUGUCUUGGAAAGAGAUGACUAAACUGAAGAAAGAAGGGGGCCUCAGCAUAAAAGAUAUUAGUUGUUGGAAUAGAGCUGCUUCAGCAAGCACAUUUGGCAUAUUUUCAACAACAAAGACUCUAUAUGGGUCAAGUGGAUUAGAGCCAACAAGAUAA